CCGUGCCCGCCCCGUGCCCGCCCCGCUGGCUGCCGGGUCCGCCGCUUCCUGGCCGGGAGAGCCGGGCUGGGUGUUGCCUUGAUCCAGUGGCUGAGUUGUGAUUUUAUCCCCCUGUUGUGGGAGCUAAACGAGUGUUUCCCCAUGGGGACUGUCCCUUCAGACAGCUCUGGGAGCCACAAAAGGGGGUGGGUGGAGUUGAGCCAGAGUUACAACAGCUCUGCUUUGGACUGUUCAGAAGAUACCUUUGAGUCCUUCAGUGAGGAGGAGGAGAUCAAACCAUCUGGCUCCUGCUGUCCCACAGAGGAUCUGGAGGGCUCAGAUGUGUUGGAAAGCACAUCAUGGUUGUCAGGCCAAAGUCAUGCAGAGGAGCAAUCUGAAGGAGUGGAUUCUGCAGCUCUGGAAAGAGUUGCCAUAGGAAAAUGGAUUGAUGCCACGGGAAGAUGGAGAGAUCUAAAAAAUAAAGAAGCUGAGGUUAAACAGGACAACUCUGUCAGGAAAACUCAUGGUGAAAUUCCUCAAUUAUUUGAUGGAGAACUGGAUGCUCUCAGGUCUUUUUGCACCAGGAAGAUAAAUGGGAUGAACCAGCAGCUGAGCCCUGAGCAGGGAAACACGGGCAAGGCAAAGAAGCUGCAGGAUGGAGUCCCAGCAGUGAAAACUGGGACAAGAGAUGGGAACUGCAUUGUUCCUGGUCAGCUGAUGAACAGAAUCCUCCUGGAAAACAUCAGAGAGACUGUUAAGCAGGUGACAGAAGCUCGAAUCCACGAGGCUUCAUCAUGCCCUGACUGCCAGAAGAAGGAGGCAGAGCUGGCCAGGAUUGCCUUUGUCAGGCAAAAAAAGGCUCUGAUGGAAGGUGCUUUAAUCCAAGCGAAACUGGAAGAACAGAUUUACUCCAGAAACAUGCUCACACUUCUAGGAGAAGCCCUCAGAAGCUUUCCCAAACCUUCAGAGGAUCCCAGGUCCUUGUGGCAAAGGCUGAAAGGUCAGAAAAUCUAUCAGAUUCCUGAGGGGAAAAUAAAAUAUGAAGGAUUUAAAGUCAUUAGGCAGCUGGUGCUGGACUGGACUGCUCAGGAAGGUACAGGGACGUCAUCUGUAACUCCAUUUCUCCGUCAGUUCAGAUAUGUGGCUUUUCAAAAUCAAAACAGGAAUGCUUUUAAAAUCUUAAAUCUGCAAAGUUCUGCUUGUGGUCCAGCUGCAUUUUGGGGUAGAAGCUGCUUUUAUGGAGAAAUCCCUUCAAAACAGUGUGUGAGGACUCUGUUGGUGGCUCUGCUGCAGCUGUGACAAACCGUGGGGUGCCACCACCACCUUCCACUCUGCCUUUGCUUCCUGAGGGCACAGAAUGCUCCCUCCUGCUGCUUGGACACAGAUCAGGGACCCAGGAUGGCAAGAAGGGUGAGAGAAACCUCAAAAACUGCAAACUAGGGCUGCAAGGACCCACCUCCCGUGUCUGCAAGUGCCAAGAAGGAAGUUUUAUGGGAGAACUCUUGCUUUUUCCUGGAAGUCAACAUGCCUGGGUGUCAGUUGGAAGGGGAAGGGCUGUUUGGGUGAACAAGGAAAUCCUGACACAACUCCAACAUGGAAAGGGAUCAUGCAGGGACAGUACUGGCUGAUAAUCCAGGUCAUUGUGAUUCCAGAGCUGGAGAGGUGGACACAGAGGAACUUCGGGAAGUUCAAACAGAGGAUGUGCAAAGAAAAGGAAACUUUCCCUUAACCCCCCCCCCAAACAUUCUUCCUUGUCCAUGCUCUGAUUUAAUGCAAGCAGCAGAGAAUAAAUAAUUCUUCCCUUGUUUUGUUGGUUUUGUGUGAGUCAUAAUUCUUCAGUGUAUUUGGCCUGAGCAUUGCAAACAUGCAAACCAGGAUUUCAGGCCUGUGCACAUUUAAUUCCCAUUAACGUUUAAUAAAAUAUGUUAGAAAGAUUCAGGUAUUGAAAAAAAUAAUGGGAGUGAUUUUUAUUAUUUGUUUUUUGGUCUGGAAAUACCGAUUUGUUAGAAUAAACUUGUUGUGAAAGCACAUUAGAAAAUCUGUAAGUUAUAUUUUUAAACCUUCUAAUGAAAUAGUGAUGUUUUAGUUUGAUACUUAUAUAAACUCAGACUCUUGAUGUAGAACAUGUCCUUGCCUAGGGAUGGACUUCCUACCCUGGCUCCUGUUUCCAUGUCUUUUUUUUUAGUACAACUCAGUAUAAGGUGGGGAGGACAAAACCUGCUCCUUGUUUUCUAAUAUCCUUAGGACAGGCAUUGUCUUUCCUUUUAUUCUCCAGGCUUGAACUCUGUGCCUCUGAAUACUCCAACAAAGGAGAGAGAAACAGAUUUUUAAGGGUUUUUUUGUAGUUUUUGAGGAUGGAAAAGUAAGAGUGGGUUGGAUGCAAUUUAUGUGAGAGGAACAAAGCAAAUUACAGUCACAAAAAUCAGUGUCUCAAGAUUAAUUCAGGUUAUUGGCAACUGUCAAAAACCUGAAUUACUGAAAAGGGAUAACAAUGUUCAUCAACAGCUUUUUAAUUUCACUGAUAUUCCUCCCUUUUCAUAAGGGCAGCCCUUGCCUCUGUUUGCCAGAGCCUUGGCAGUAAUGAUGUUAUCAGUGUUGUAUUAAAGAGACUACUGAUGAUUUGCAUUGGAUCCCUAAAAAAAAUUAAGUCAAAAUAACAUGUGGGAGAUCAGACUUGUAGGAAGUUUUAAUUGGACGUGGUUUGAGGGUUUAUGUUGU